UCAUGUCAUCGUGGUUCUUCGAUCAUCGAUGCGUUGUAUAAAAUUUAGUCUUAUAUGAUGGAUUAUUAAAAUUGGUAAUAAAAUAAAAAUGAGCUGGAAUAAAAUUUCAUGUAACCGGCGAGAGCUGCAGUUAAUUGGCACUCUAAAUGGAGGUCAAAGUUUCAGAUGGACACAUGAUAAGGAUAAAGAUGAAUGGACAGGAAUAUUCUCAAAAACAGUUUGGAAAUUACGACAAAUUGAAGAUUAUUUACAAUACAAAGUGAUUGGAACUUUGCCUGAAAAUAGCACAAAAUCUAACAAAAACAGUAAACAAGACGAAAAGUUCAAAAAAACUAUUGAAAGUUAUUUCCGACUUAACUUAAAUUUGUUGGAAUCUUAUAAAGAGUGGUCAGGAAAAGAUGAACUUUUUAAAUCUUGUUGUCAACAGUUUUAUGGUAUUAGGAUGUUGAAACAGGAGCCCGUGGAAAAUUUGUUCUCAUUUAUUUGCAGUCAAAAUAACCAUAUAUCAAGAAUUUCAAGUAUGGUGGAGAAGCUCUGUACACAAUAUGGAGAAGAGAUUUGCAGUAAUGAAGGAGUCACUUACUAUGCAUUUCCUACUGUAGACAAGCUUGCUCAGCCAGAGGUGGAAUCAAAACUACGAGAGUUAGGUUUUGGAUACAGGGCUAAGUUUAUACAGAAGUCUGCUGCUCAGAUUGUGGAGUUGGGUGGGGCGAAGUGGUUCCAGACUCUACAGGAUAUGAAGUAUAAAGAUGCAAGAUCUGAACUGAUGAAGUUACAUGGUAUUGGACCAAAGGUGGCCGAUUGCAUAUGCCUCAUGUCCCUUGACCACCUGGAAGCUUUACCAGUGGACACUCACGUGUACCAGAUCGCAGCACAAAACUACCUACCACACCUCAGAGGCAAGAAGAAUGUCACAGAGAAGAUGUAUGUGGAAAUUGGUGACCACUUCCGGAAAUUGUACGGAGACAUGGCAGGAUGGGCCCACACUGUAUUAUUCUGUGCGGAUCUUAAAAAAUUCAAGCAGAAUGAGAAUGACGCACCUGACGUUAGUCAGCCGAAAAAAAGGAAGAAAAAGUAAUAUCUGUGAUAAUUAGGAUUAAGAAUAAAAAAUGUGUUACAUGCAUUUCGUACUUUCUUUUUA